CGUCGCUUUGAUCGUCAGGGUCGCAACGGUAAAGGGUCGAUUUUCGUCUGGGCGUCAGGGAACGGUGGCAGGGAUCACGACAAUUGCAACUGCGACGGUUACACGAACAGUAUCUGGACGUUGUCCAUCAGCAGCGCGACGGAGAACGGCCAGGUGCCUUGGUACAGCGAGGCCUGUUCCUCCACACUCGCCACCACCUACAGUUCCGGCUCGUCGGGUGAGAAGCAAGUGGUGACCACUGAUCUGCAUCACCUCUGCACGAGCAGUCACACCGGCACGUCGGCAUCGGCGCCGUUGGCCGCUGGCAUCUGCGCCCUUGCCCUCGAGGCGAACAAAGAGUUGACUUGGAGGGACAUGCAGCACAUCGUCGUCAGGACAGCGAAGCCUGCCAACCUCAAGGCCAUGGAUUGGGUAACGAACGGCGUUGGAAGAAACGUGAGUCACAGUUUCGGCUACGGGCUGAUGGACGCCGCAGCUAUGGUACGGCUGGCCAGAAGAUGGCGGACGGUGCCUGAACAGCACAAAUGCGAGGUCUCAGCGCCACACAUGGGCAGGCCGAUACCGCCAAAGAGCCAGCUGACUCUGGAAUUGCACGUCAAGGAGUGUAGCGGCGUUAAUUUUCUCGAGCACGUGCAGGCAAAGGUUUCGCUGAUGGCCUCGAGACGGGGAGAUCUUCAGAUACAGCUAACAUCUCCGCAAGGCACAAAGAGCACCCUCCUCGCGAAAAGGCCUCACGACAUCUCGAAGGCUGGUUUCAAUCAAUGGCCAUUUAUGUCUGUUCACACUUGGGGAGAAAGGCCACACGGCACGUGGAAACUUGAAAUCCACAAUGAGGGUCGAUACCAAGGUCGUGCGACGCUUCACGAGUGGGCGUUGAUCUUCUACGGGACGUCGACGCUGCCCGAUCGCACGGAGUACGCGUUGUACAAUCCAGCCGGGAUGAACAUACCGAGGCGGCCGUUCGUGAAGCCACGGGAAACCGUGUUCUCGAAGGCGCAGAACUUCCUGACCAGCUCGAAGAUCAAGCAGACGCAACACAAGCCGGAGAAACCCGGCAGCCUGAGCCCGCCGUACGUGGUCAACGCUCAGAUACAGUCGCAGAGGAAGAGCAAAGCGCGCGGUCAGCACAAAAACGGCAAAUCAGCCAAUAAACCAACGCCGAAACCCACUGUGCAAACGUUGAGGGGCUUGACCGUGGCGAGGGGGCCGUCGAACCUAGCCGGUGAAGUUCGCCUAAUCACGUCGAGACCCAGAGGAAGGAGCACGCCCAGCCCUAUCACCACCACAGUGACGAUCACACAGACCAGUCCGCCUACCACCACCAAACUUUCAAUCACCAAAGUCACCAACAGGCAGAGAGUCGCCGACACAGCGACUGCCUCGCCCCUUCAGAGAGGUCUGAUACUCUUGGAGCCACCGGCGAAACCUGCCAUCAACAACGUGCCGGCCAUCUUCCAGCAGUAUCCUAAAAUCCAACAGCUCUAUCCGCUCUAUCCCGUCUACGCUGGGGUUAGAGGUGCCGGCCAGCAGCACGCGACCAGAGCCAAGGGCCUGGAAUUGCUCCAGGACGAGCAGUUCGAUUCCAAGAACCUGGACAAGGAUACCCUCGAGGAGUUCAAGCUAGUGUUCUACGGGACGGAGACGUCGCUGGAGCUGGACGACGACGAUCUGGACAAGGACAAGCCGCUGCCGCCUGUGAACCAGCAGGACGCGAGCGUGGAUAACACGGCGAUCGGCGCGAGACACAACGUCGUGGAGGGCGACCCGUGGACGGGUAGCCAGCAGGUAGAGUGUGUGUCUCAUCAGGAAGUGCAAAAACCGACAACCGAGAACCAGACAAGCGGUUGCAGUAGCAUCGAUCCUGGAAGUGGCGGGUGCCUAGAGUGUAAGCUGGACUGGUACUACCACGACGGAGUCUGCGUGUACAAGUGUCCGAGCGGAACAUACGGCGUUUCCGACGAGUCAAAGGCAGUCUGCUCCGACUGCCAUUACUCCUGCCUAACAUGCUCGGGACCUUCGAACACCGAGUGCGUCAGUUGUCACGGGGAUGCCGAACUUUCCACGAAUCUCGGUGAGCCUGUGUGCGUGCUGCGCGAGCUCUCCUGGACGAUGCGCUCGACCCUGUGGUUCUACCAGAUGACCGUUUUGUUCUCGAUCAACGUCGUCGUAUUCGGCUUGAUAAUUCUGUACAUGGUGGCCAAGUGGUAUCUGCGAAGGAGGAGCGCCUCGGAGGUCUACGGUUACAGCAAAGUCUCGUACACGAACGACGUGAACGCGUGCAAGGAUGGCUCGCAGGAGGACGCUUGCCUGUCCGACAGUGAAUGAAGAAAAAUCCAUCAUCUAUCCUCUGUUAAGAAGGGGAGGUGACAAAAGAUGGAUACACUUUUGCGAAUAACGAGAGGAGACGAUUAUAUAAUAGAGUAAAUGUGAUUUUUCGACGGCCUGUUAACAGUAUUUUAAGCUGAGGGACUUCACAUUAUUUAGGAGGAUCCCGAUACUUCUAUCUGACACGUUCCAAUUGAGCGGCGAGUUGAUCUCGUCGCGGAUCCGAAAUUGGAGUGAUGCGUUUGUCAACGAGAAGAUGUAUCGUACCGAGUAUCAGAGGAGGAGAAAGAAAAAAAGGAAGAACCUCGUCGGAAAGUAAAUUAGGAUAGAAUUAAUAUUUAAACGAAUCGAAUCAUUCCAGACACACGCCAGUGUGUGUGUGUGUGUGUGUGUGUGUGUGUGUGUAUGUGUGUGCGAGCCUGCCUGUGUGUGUGUGUGUGUGUGUAAGUCAAGAAUUUUUCCAAAUUUAAAUGGCCUGGAAUUCAAGUUUGAUACCCGAGUCGCUCGAAAUCUUGAUCGAGUCAUGAUUAAUCGCGACGAAGAUAAUGCAAAUACGCUUACUGAGUCUGGAUUCUCAGCUAAUCAACGGGGUUCAUAAUAAUUGAACGCGCAAUUUUCAAUCAUCGUUGUGGGAAUGAAUUAAAUUACACACCGUCGAGUGUAUCUUGGCGCUCUUCGAUAAUGAAAAUUAAAAUUGCAUUAUAUUGCUAACCGAGAAACACAAUUUGCUGGCCCGAGUUCCUAACUAUAUAGAGCGCAUUGUAAUUUAUACACCAGUGAAAUUACCGUGUGAUACUACUUGAUACGCGAAUGGAGACAUAACGAAGUGUAAUAAUAACAUUUCCUGACGACCAAAGACUUUAAACGACGUUAUUAUCAAGUUAGAGCGAUUUCUCUGAUGUAUAUAUAAAUCAAAGGAAUAUUAAGAACAGUAAGAUUAAUUAAUUAAAGAUCGUAACGUAAGUUCACCAUAAAUUUGAGAUGGAGACCACCAUCGUUCCAUAGAAAUGAAAAGAUUAUACAUUGAAACAAAAAGGAUUUACCUUUUAAUGUACAGACACAAAUAAAACAUUCAACAGCAAUUUCCA